AUGGCCGCCCUUCCUCCCGAUAUCAACGUCCUCACCCUCAACUGCUGGGGCCUCAAACACAUCUCCAAGCUCCGCCGUGAACGCAUAUCCGAAAUCGGCCGCCGCAUCGCCUCCGCGAAUCCCCAACCCCACAUCGUCGCUCUGCAGGAGCUCUUCUGCCAGGAGGACUACCUGACCAUCCGCCGCGAGACCCGCUUCGUGCUCCCCUACGGCAAAUUCUACCACAAUGGCGCUUUCGGCGCAGGCCUCGUCAUCCUGUCCAGGUGGCCCAUCGAGGAGAGCUCUAUGGUUGGCUAUCCUCUGAACGGGCGACCGACGGCGUUUUGGAGGGGAGAUUGGUAUGUUGGGAAGGGUGUCGCUUGUGCCAAGAUACGCUUCGGACCUGGGAAGAAGGACGUAGUCGAGGUCUUCAAUACCCAUCUUCACGCGCAGUACUCCAACGACAAAGCCAACACCUACGCCUGCCACAUCGCCGCCCAGGCCUGGCACAUAUCCAAACUCCUUCGCGGCGCCGCCGAGCGCGGCCACCUCGUCCUCGGCCUCGGCGACUUCAACAUGCUCCCCCUCAGCCUCCCCCACCGCAUUAUCACCGCCCACGCCCCCCUUCGCGACGCCUGGCGCGUCCUCCACCCCGAAAGCUCCCUCGGUCCCGCCGACUUCGCCGCCGAGCGCAACCGCCGUCGGCCCAUCCCCACCGCCGCUUUCAACGUCAAGGAGAACGGCGCCACGUCCGAUAGUGUCUACAACACAUGGCGCUGGGCCCCGUCUCAGAAGAGAAUGCUAGCACAGGGCGUCGACAAUGCAACCUUGGUGCCCCACGAUUCCAUCGACAAGCAGGGCAAGAGACUCGACUACAUCUUCUUCGGAACCGGCGACGUACCCACCUCCGACGCCGGCGCCGCCGGCUGGGUCGUCAAGGAUAUUCGCGUCGGCAUGACGGAACCCCACCCAACCUUGCACUGCACCCUCAGCGACCACUUCUCCGUCGAAGCCACCAUCUCCUUCCACGUCGUCCCAUCACAGUCUUCGCCUCCCUCGCCAACCCCGACCUCGAAAUCUAAAUUCACCACCGGUGCAACCACGGCCCUCACAAACGGCACCUACCUCCAAACCCAAGCAUCUCCUCCCCCAUCCAUAUCCGGCUCCGCCCCCAGCCCCGACUCUGAUCUCUAUGACCGCCUAACCGCCCAACUCCGCUCCGCCGCCCUCCCCUCCCCAGCCACCGGCGAAUCCCCCUUCUCCGCCGCCGCCUACGACGAACUCCUCGCCCUCAUAUCUUCCUACACCCGCCGCGAGCGCUCCCAACGCACCUGGCGCUCAGCCCACUUCUUCGCCUCCCUAGCCAUCCUCGUAGGUUGUCUUGUCGCCGUCUGGUUCUCCCCCCACCCGGGCGUCUCCUUCGCACUCAUCCUCGUCGGAAGCCUCUCGCUCCUCGCGGGUGCCGUCGACGGCCUCAUCGCUUUGCUCUUCGUGGGGUGGGAGAUCCGCGCGCUUAAGGAGUUCGAGUGGGAGGUCAUGAAUGCCAAGUGUGGGGGGGAUUUCACGCUAGAUGCCCUCGGCGGCAGCGCGGGGACAGCCGGGAGUGAUGGGGAGAAGGCUGUCGAUUUGGUGCGGUGA